AUGCGUUACUCCAGCAAAGACUUCCAUCAGGAUUACCGGUAUUCCUUGGAAAAGGAAUUCUUGACCUCCUCAGGUGAACGGUAUCCGUACGCCCAGGAUGGCGGGUACCGUCGCUGGGGUGACGAGGAGCACAAAUUGACAUUCGAUGACCAGCAGCCGAAUGUGGCUGUCGUCAGCGACGAUGGCAAGUAUCUCGCGAUCGGGGUCCAGAACGAAAUCCACGUCGUCGAAACCGAGACGUUUUCCGUACAGCAGGUUCUUCGCGGACCCGACUCCAGAGUUGACGCUCUAGCCUUUCAACCCGGGGACUCGAACACGCUGGUCUCGGCAGCGAUGAACAUGUAUGCCGGAUCCACGCCCACGGACCCAACGAUCAUAAUUUGGAAUUUGAAGGAUCAAGCUUCGAAAGUCGACCUCGCUGAAGACGACGCAGAUAGCGUCGCUGCCCUGAGUGUCGCGGCCGCGCAAGCUGUGGGAUCGAAGCUCACCGCGAUCUCCCUGGACGAGACCGAAGUGACUGCGCUGAGCAAUGUAUUCAUACCCCUAAUCAGACAAGCGCUCGCGAAGCACAGCAUCAUCGACUGCCCACAACUACAUGGCCGCCUCGUCACCUCGUUCCAGGCCAAGCCAUUCAGCCCCUCAGGCAAAUGCAUGCUAUAUCUACCUGGCGACCGACCUCGGUCGAACGACAAAGACGACAGGUGGACCGUCAAAAUACACGCCAUGGCGGACCACAAAGACGUAGCCACCCUCGCCGGCCACACCGAUUCGAUCGUCUGGACCGGUUUCAACGCUGACGAAACCCUCAUUGGCUCUGUAUCCUGGGACAAGACCGUGCGCAUCUGGACGUGGCAGUGGAGCCCUGAAGGCGGCCGGGAUUCGACAAACCCUUCUACUGCGUCGGAACCGCUGUUGAAGCUCAAAUACACGUUCGAAACCUCCGGGCAGAACUGGACAGGCGGCUUCUCGCCCGACUCGCGCUUCUUCGCCGCGACCUGCGGCGACGGCACAAUCCAUGUCUACAAUCUCAGCCACGGCACCACGCUCUUCACGCAUGAUAGUGGGCGACAGUGGUAUCGGGCGCUCGAUUGGCAUCUCGACAAUGACGGCAGCCACGGUCUUCUUUGCGUGGGUGGACGCCAGGGCGGGAAAGUGCUGCUGUUUGAUAUUGAGACGCAGACCGUGAUCCAAGAACGUCAACUCGGCGUGGACCGCAUCAGAAACAUGACAGAGCAGCACCUUCGAUUUAUGUCUCGUAUGCUUGAGACCAGUCUUGUCCGGUUCGUGGACCGUGGGCGCAAGGUCGUCAUCUUCACAAGUGGCGAUGGAUCUGCUGAGGUGUAUGACUUGGUUGAGGAGCGGAAGUGGAGGUUUGCCAGGGAGGGCGUUGAUCAAGAUUCGACGACUGAGAAACCCACCGACGAAGAGGAUGGCAACUCGGUGAGUGGGAUCGCAGGAUUUCGAAUGGUGGUCUGGGAGGACUUGAGACAUCAGAUCAUGCUUGCCGCUGUUGAUGGUGAUGCUGUGCGCAUAUGGGAUGUGCCCCUGACUUCAAUGUGA